CAUACACUGUACAUGAUUGGUCACCAGGUGGCAGGUUUUGUCGUGCGAGGCACAGAAACAAACGCCAUUAACUAGAAGUGCUGCUAAAUGAUGUCGCUUCGUAUUAACCACAGUGACCGCAAGCCGAGAUUUCACGCUCAUCUAACAGAAAAGUGUGUGCCGCUCUGAUUGAACAGCUCGGCCAUGUCGGCGCGAAGCCAUGGGCGAUGGUUCCAUCCCAACCUCUCGGGUCUGGAAGCGGAACAGAUCCUGCUGGACCAAGGAUGCGAUGGGAGCUUCCUGGCACGACCCAGCAAGUCCAAGAAAGGAGACUUCACACUCUCCGUCAGGAGGAAUGGUGUGGUGACCCACAUCAAGAUUCGCAACACGGGCGACUACUAUGACCUGUACGGGGGUGAGAACUUUGCCACUUUGGCUGAACUGGUCCAGUAUUACAUGGAGAACCAAGACCAACUCAAGGAGCGCAAUGGCGAGAUCAUUGAACUCAAGUACCCUCUCAUCUGCGCUGAUCCCACCACUGAGAGAUGGUUUCAUGGCCCACUCGUGGCCAAGGAAGCAGAAAAGCUCCUUCUCGAAAAAGGCAAAAAUGGCAGCUUUUUGGUUCGGGAGAGUCGAAGCAAGCCAGGGGACUACGUUCUGUCUGUUCGUACGGAGGACAAGGUGACCCACUUCAUUGUCCGCUGCCAGGAAGGAAAAUUUGAUGCCUGUGGCGGUGAGAAGUUUGACAGCCUGAGUGAACUGGUGGACUUCUAUCGUAAGAACCCAAUGGUGGAGACCACAGGUACUGUGGUGCACCUCAAGCAGCCAUUCAAUGCCACCCGCAUCAAGGCAUCCACCAUUGAGAACCGUGUGAAGCAGCUGUCCAAGGAGAAUGGACAGAACAGUGGCAAGGCGGGCUUCUGGGAGGAGUUUGAGCAUUUGCAGCAGCAAGAGUGCAAAAACCUCUACAGUCGGAAAGACGGACAGAGGCCUGAGAACCGGGCCAAGAACCGCUACAAGAACAUACUGCCAUUUGACGCGACAAGGGUGCACCUGCAAGAUGUGGAUCCUGAUGCCCCGUAUUCAGACUACAUUAAUGCAAACUACAUCAAGGUAGACGACGAUACCAUUUUUGAUGGCCAUAGCAAAGUGUACAUAGCCACACAAGGCUGCCUGCAGAACACUAUCGGUGACUUCUGGUCCAUGGUCUGGCAAGGAAAUACGAGGGUUAUUGUCAUGACUACCAAGGAAGUUGAACGGGGAAAGCCCAAAUGUGUACGGUAUUGGCCAGAUGAAGGCCAGACAAAAGAGUAUGGGAAAUACUGCCUGCAGCACAUUGCCGAGUCAUCGAAUGCAGACUACACCUUAAGAGAGUUUGCCAUGUCAAAAAAUGGUGAGUGCGAGACCAGGAGUGUCUUCCACUACCACUUCACUGCCUGGCCUGACCACGGAGUGCCAUCGGACCCUGGCUGUGUGCUCAACUUCCUGCACGAUGUCAACCAACGGCAAGAAUCCAUGCCGGAUGCCGGACCUAUUGUGGUGCACUGCAGUGCUGGGAUUGGCCGUACUGGUACAUUCAUUGUCAUUGACAUGAUUGUGGACCUUAUCAAGAAGCAAGGGCUGAGCUGCGAGAUCGACAUUCAGCGAACGAUUCAGAUGGUGCGCAUGCAGAGGUCGGGCAUGGUGCAGACUGAGGCGCAAUACAAGUUUGUUUACUUGGCUGUGGAGCACUACAUUGAGACACUGCAGCAGCGGAUGCAGGCUGAACAGAAGAGCAUCAUGUUGGGCCGGGAGUACACCAACAUCAAGUACUCUGGGGAGCUGCCAGCAACAGUGGAGAGUGCACAUGGCCGGGGGACAGCCACCACAGCAGCAGCCGUGCCUGCUCCACUGGACAACAGCAGCAGCAGCAGCAGCAGCAGCAGCUGCAAAAAGCCUGCCGUGCUUCCUCGCUCCUUUCUCACGGACAGUGUGCCCAAGCCACCAACAGAAGUGCCCCGGCAGAUGUAUGAGAACAUUCCACUGCAAGAGAGGAAGUCACCUGUGGGAACAGUUUGUGCGCCGCCACCACCACCAAAAAAGUCGUGACAGCAUUUAUUCCAUACAUAGAUGUGGCCACCAGGAGCACCCCAGCUACCGUGGACCCUAGUCUCUCCCCCUCCAUCCAUCCGCUUCUUCUGUUGCUAGCUGUGCUACUUAGAGGGACCCUAGAGAGAAAGGCCACUUCUCGCGUACUAAGUAAAUUGCUCUUUUACAAUACCAAAAAUUCCACGCUUGCUUCGAGAAGACACUUGGUAAGCAAGAAAACGCUCAAAAAGAAAAUGUGGGUGCCAAUGCCACCUUCAAGUUCCUGCACCAGUCGCCGUGACGUCAUAAAUUUUGACCAUGCCCACUCGGGCCUACAUAGUUCCUAAUCAGUAAAAGGAGGUGCGUUGUCUCCUGAGGGAGCCAGAGUCUUCUUCAUGAAAUUUCGUCAACCCAAUGUGGCCCAAGUACAAAAGAACACUUUGAAAUCUGUGACGUCACCAUCAGAGAUUUUGGCAGGAAAUUUAAAUGUAAAGCUUUCUCAUCUAUUAAUAAACCUAUAGUGGUGAAAUUAACGACACUAGAGUUUUCAAAGUAUAAUUUAAGCAAAUUUACCUUUAGUGUCCCUUUAAGUCUGCAUUGUACACAAGGCCUCUUCUGCUUAAUGUGCAAACCGAUGUGAUAGUGCGACUACGGCCUCCUUGUGUGAUACACCUUUGUUUGGAUAAGUACAAAUCAACGUGGAUGCUGCUUACCUUCCCAAGACUCUGAUUAUGCUUAUCUCGUGCACCACAGCUGCUUUUCAACUCGAUAGUGGAAAUCACAUCUAAAUGCAGCUGGUGCUGAGGCUUGAACUUGAUUGCACUGCUUUAGGAUAGCUUGCCUCUACAGCUUUUGGUAGAACAGCCAGCAGCAUGCCAUUUAAUAAUGUGCUUGCAACCCUGAUGGACACGACUGCACUCGUUACCAAUUCUCAAACACCCACACUCGUCUUAACCAAGUGAUGCCUGCGCUUGAAUUAUUUUGUUACCUCGGGAAGUUUGCAACGUCUAGAAAGGGAUUUUUCGGUGGUAACGUAGCGACACCCGAAAGUACCAUUUUAUUUGCCACUAACGCAACACGCCUGCUCGUGUGAGCCUGGACAUGCAGGUGAGGUGGACUGUCAGGUGAAGCCAUGACAAGUCACUGAUAUGCAAAGAUGGACAGAGAGGCCAAUCAAGAGUAUUGCAAGGAGAUGAUCUGUUGCAUAAACCAUCGCAUAACAAAAGUGACACCGUGUUCCCGUGUGAGCAUUUGCAGGAGCCACAAACCCUAAGUCCAUUGUUCCCUACAUGGGUAUGUGUGCAGCCUCAUGAAAAUAAAACUAGGGUUAUGACUAGAGCGGCUGGACGUGGUAGUGUCACAGUGCAUGCCCGAAGGGAAACCCAUCUGUGUCAAAAUUAGGAGGAAAUCGCUGCAUUUUUUACUCAUUGAAUCAAGAUUAACUUGGUUGAAUUGGGUUUAGUUCCACGAUAGCUUCAGUGAUUCAGGUUGAUGACAACAUUGAACCCUGUGGGUACCUGGGGAAUGGAAAAUUUCUUCGUUAGAUCGGGAAAUUCGUAAAAUCGGGUUUCGUUAGAUUGAGUAUUAAUUGUAUUGCAUACUGAAAACACAUUAGCAGUAAAGCAGCUGCAUUUUUUAAGAGUUUUAGGCAUUGAUAUUAAAACUGUCACGCAUUGUGUUACUAAAAUUAAUUGUAAUGUUAGAGAACUUACAAAGUGAUUGGCCCACAUGCUGCAUUUGGGUGUGCUGCCAAGAAUUGUUUCAGUAGUAUACCAGUUCUUGCUGCUCCUAGCAAGGACAGUAUCUCAAAGGGCCGUUGUUCUAGAUUGCCUUGCCUGUCUCCUGCUGCAGAAAUGUGUCAGAGAAGGGUAUUUUAUUUCUUUCAUCUUUGAGAGCACACUGGAAUCUAUACAAUGGCAAGGGUGUCUCUUGGAUAGCUCCCUCGCCAUGCAGUCAUGAUGGCGAGAGUUCCAGCAAGUGUUUCUUGCAUGAGAGGGCUGGAGUUACGUGCUUUGUCCACCCUUGUGUGAAUGAGUGGUUCAACACAAUUCCUGGAGAAAGAUGUGCUUUGGUCAUGCACAGUAUGAGCACUCAAGCAGUAUCCACGAGCUCGCACGAGUGUGGGACAUUCGAGAGCAGGGAUGAUGUGGCAUCACAGAAGUGCUUCUAUCUGAACAUGCCGAGGAAGCCUGUGGUGUAGCUGAUGACGAUGUUUCAAUGGAAAGUUAGCAGCUGUUUGAUUGCUGUGUAAUAAUACUCUGUAUGUAAAAAAAAAUGUAUCAAGCUGGGCCUGUCGGGACUUGGAUGUAUGAGAGUGAGGCAUACGCACUGCUGUCACAUGGCAGAGACCAUAGCUUCAUAUUGUUAAGGCCUGUUUCCACUGCUCUCCUUUAACCACCUCAGGUAUCACUGGCAACUUUCGUGACCGCGGAAAAAUCGGUUCUUUUUGGGUAGUCCAGGAAAUUUUUUUUUCCUGCCACAGAAGUUGAUUCGUGCUAAGGUGUAGGGUAUCAAAUAAUGUAAGAAGAAUUGGUCUUUCUAACAGUAUUAAUUUCAAACAACAGGUUUAUUUCAAAUAUUAUUUUAAAAAUUAUCAAACAAAUAAAUAUACAUCAAAAAGAAAGGAAAAUUCAUAAAAACAUUAAUGCUACACUGCGCAGGUUAAACAUUAAAAAAAAAAACAAAGUAUACAUUGAGAUGCAAAGCCCUUGUAGAAUGAUAGUGCAAAUAUGAGCUCUGUAAGUACGAAGGUUAUUACGUACAUACAAAAAUAUAAGCACUAGUGCCUAUUAUGCCACCGCGCGAAGCAGUUUCUUGACACUAAAACAAAGGUUGGCUCACUUUGCGUUGGCUUUUCGAGAAUAUGCAUCCACGCAUACUUAUCUGUGUGGUUGCAUAUAUCUCCGACGACUUCUGUGGUAGCACAAAGAAGCCGCCGCGUGGCACUCCGAAGCGCUAGGUCAAGGUCCGCGCCGUCUUCGUGGAGAGUACUCCGCUCUUUCUGCAGCCGGCACCAAAUGAAAUUGACACCUUGCAAAUGAGAGCUGUGACCUUUAGUACGCACCAGAUACGUUUACAUUGAUGCGCAGCAGCGAUAAAACAGCCCGAGGAGAGGACAGAACUUACCAGCGGAUAGAUGCUGAUGUUCCGAGGCAGUUUGAUGCAUUUUUGCCGUUCGUACUGAAGUCUGAUGAAUCUUAGUCGUCUCAUGUGUCUGUGCUGCUACCAUACCGAGAGAUUCCUGCUCAGAUUCAUCGCUAUCCAUCGAAAUUUGCCAUUUCCAUGGAGCACCUGUGAGCGACGUCGACACCAUGUCUGAAACAACGAGCGCUCUCCUACCCGACUGCGAACGAGCUUUAAAAACCU